AUGGCCAUGACUGAGCUGAGCUGCCAGGUGUCGGAGCAGGACUGCGAGCGCCGAGAGGCCUUCUGGGCCGAAUGGAAGGACCUGAGCCUGUCCACGCGGCCCGAGGAAGGGUGCUCCCUGCAUGAGGAGGAUGCCCAGCAGCACGAGACCUACCACCGGCAGGGCCAGUGCCAGGCGCUGGUGCAGCGGUCCCCCUGGCUGGUGAUGCGCAUGGGCGUCCUUGGCCAGGGGCUGCAGGAGUACCUGCUGCCGUACCAGCGCGUGCUGCCGCUGCCCAUCUUCACCCCCACCAAGGUGGGCGCCGCCAAGGAGGAGCGGGAGGACACGCCCGUCCAGCUGCGCGAGCUGCUGGCCCUGGAGACCGCCCUGAGCGGCCAGUGCGCGGAGCGGCAGGAUGUGGCGGAGAUCACCAAGCAGCUGCCCCCCGUGGUGCCCGUCAGCAAGCCGGGCCCCCUGCGCCGCUCUCUGUCCCGCUCCAUGUCCCAGGACGCCCAGAGAGGCUGA